CAUGGUCAGGCGCCCAAGGUCUAUUCGACACACAUCACCGCGCUAGCCCACACACACCCAUCCACCCCGACAAACACCAAUGAACAUGGCCGCGCGCAACAGUGCGAAGUGUUGCAUUCAUUCUCAUCACCAACAACCAACUGUGCCACACCCUUUGUUGUCUGGCCGUGCGACCAUUCUCGGCUCGCCAUGCCAGGCACCGUGCUGCUGCUCCUGGGCCUGGCAGACUGAUAUCAUCCUCCUCCGAGAACCAUUAUUCCGUCUUCUCUUCUUGCCUCUUCUUUACAUAUAUUCGAUCAUCAAUCCCGCCUCGUUUGGGACCAUUCCUUCACGCCAUUUUCCUUUUCCUGUCUCAACAACCACUGUCGUUACGUUCGACUCAAAGAACAGCAUUUUCAGUACUACCUAUCUCAUUCUAAUAACAACAACUUCGCCUUUUCCGAUCUCGAUAACCAUUCAGCACCAUGCGUUUCACCAGCACUUCCGCGGCCAUCCUGGCUACCUCUCUCCAGGUUGCCAUGGCUCAGACCUUCACUGACUGCAACCCGCUCGAGAAGACCUGCCCGGCUGACCCUGGUCUCAAGUCGUCGACCUUUAACACCGACUUCACCAAGGGCAAUGCCUCCUGGAGCGGAGCUGCUUACACUACCAUCGGCUACGGCAGCAACGGUGCUGAGUUCAAGAUCGAUCAGAACAAGCAGGCCCCGACCGUCCAGACCGAUUUCUACUUCCUCUUCGGUCGUGUCGACGUUACCAUGCGAGCCUCUCCAGGCACUGGUAUCAUCUCUUCCGUAGUGUUGCUCUCUGAUGUCCUCGACGAAGUCGACUGGGAGUUCGUCGGUGGCGACAGUGCUCAGGUGCAGAGCAACUUCUUCGGCAAGGGCAACACCACUUCCUACGACCGUGUCAAGUACAUUCCUGUGUCCAACCCUCAAGAGAACUUCCACACCUACACCUUCGACUGGACCAAGGACCGUCUGCAGUAUCUCAUUGACGGUAAUGUCGUCCGCACCAUCCAGGCCAACGAGGCCCUGACCAACUACGGCCACAACUACCCUCAGACCCCCAUGCGCCUGAAGCUUGGAAGCUGGUGCGGUGGUUGCGACGGUUCUCCCCAGGGCACCAUUGAGUGGGCUGGCGGCAAGACCACCUUCGACGGUGCUCCAUUCAACAUGUACGUCAAGUCUGUCAGCAUCCAGAGCUACAACCCUGCCGACAACUACGUCUACUCCGACAACUCUGGUUCAUGGCAGAGCAUCAAGAUCAACGGCGGCAGCAGCUCUUCCGACAACGGCAGCAAGAGCAGCGACUCCACCACCACUGCUACCACCACCAAGCCCACCACUACCGCCGUCGUUGCUCCCAUCUCCAACACUGCCGUUGUUGCUCCCCCCACCGUCACUGGCGCAUCCAACAGCACCAGCAGCAACUCCACCGCUGCUCAGCCCACCGGCAUCAAGACUACGACCGCGGCCACUAACGCCACCAAGACCACCACCUCCACUGGUCCUGCUGCUGCCACUGGCGCUGCCAGCACCAUUAGCACACUCACCGGUGCUUCGCUCCUGAGCAUUGCUCUUGCCGUGUUCAUGCUUUAGAUGGGAGGGUCUAAUUCGACCUAGUGUGUACUUUUCCAUAGACCGCAUG